AUGUCUCAGAUAUUUGGGAAAGUGACAAAUGCUAUUCUGUCUGGGACCAAUGAAACCUCCUUUUCCCUUGCCAACCUGAACUUGGGGUUUUCCCUCGUCAAGCUUGAGGCGCCCAUCGAAUUUCAACCUCUUGGCUCUGCCUUAUCGGUGCAGCGACGACGGACGGCUGAGCUGGGUUCUCACCAUCAGACCGCUCGUUUACUAGGAGCAUUAUUCUCCCACGUUGCUCCCAAUGCCCCAAAGCUUCUUCGUGCUUUCGGCCAAAGAGUCUCCGAGAUCAUCAAGACCCCCGGUGCUAAUCCCGCGGGUACGCCUCAAGAUGGACCGUUCAAAGACUCGGUCGGGGCGGAUGCCACUUCCAUCUGGGCAGCUGCUACAUCUGGCUCUGCAUCCCUCGUGGUGUUGUUGUUAGCAUGCCUGUUGGCAAGAAAAUUUGACGAUCCAAAAUUGAGUGUCGCACUCUGGGUAGAAAUAGUGGCAAUCCGCCAAAAGGAAGUGCUCGCCACAGCCGAAUCAACAGGGUUCGUCAUGAGCGAAGCCGUCAUUGCAGCUCACCAAAGGAUCUUGCGCGAGGACCUCGCCACUUUUGAUGCAAGUGUCCGGGCUUGGUUGAUCACAGCUGACCAAGUUAUGAUCAAGAAAUUGAAGCAACUCAGGCUGAUCUUGGACAACCUAACCACUCUGCCCGUAAGCGCUGGCAAAGAUACGUAUGCCAAAAUCAUCAAUGCCUGGGAAGGGGCAAUUAAUGGCUUCGAAGCUCUUCUGGACGGGAACCCACAGAAUGCGACCGACAGCUCUGUCUUGCUGGCUUUGUCGGCAUGGCACUUGUAUCCUGAUCUCAUCGUCCUCUCGUCCGAGACGAAAAAAACCUCUGUCGCAAUUACCGUGGGCUUAUCACUCAAAGACGAUGACGGCAUUUCUCCAGGGUUUCAAUGGUCACUGGCACUUUCCCAUUUCAGAUACUAUGGAGAGCCUGUCAGCCUUCAGACGGAUCAUGACAACUAUCGGAUCACGGUGAACGAGCUGUGCCUUAUCGCGUUCGGAUCCUUACUUUUCCACUGGAAUCUGCCUUGCGAUAUGAUGGUUGAUGUCGUCUCAUGGUUCUGUUCCCUCGAUAGUCUGAUAAAGCGACAUCGAGGAGAAGAUCUGGCCGAGGAAAAGGUGGACAAAUACCUCCAUCUUCACUGGCUACAGCCCCUGAUGAAGGCAUCAAAGCUCCUGGUAGAUAAAUCCGAGGCUGAAUCUGCAGACUUUGAGAAGCUAGUUCGUUAUGGUCGCAGACGCGGAAAACACCUCCUUGGAGAUUCUUCGGUGCGGGGAAACAGUUCAUUUCUCGGGCUAUGUGAUCCACACGUCGCAUAUAGUCUGGCAAUGCCUUCUUCUUCAGAAGAAGAAUACCUUCGUCAUGUCCGAUCGGUAGCAGAAAGCAACAACAUUUUGACAUUUUCCGUCAUUCAAUAUUUCGAGAAGAUCGCAGACAUCGAGGUACUUGUUCUAGCUACUGCCACUCCUACAAAUUUGUCGCUUCAGCAAGAUUCUGUAGCUGAUGGCCAGCAGCCACAGGAUGUUCACGUACGGUGGGUUGUGACAUCCAAUUCCAAUGUCGUGGAAGGAUUUCAGCAAGAAUUGAACCUCCGGCAAGCAUCGUUUGUCGAGAUUGUUGGAGUCAUUGACCCAGACGAAUACCUGCCUCUCAGCGGAGGUGACUUGGUUGCAAGGAGAGUGUUGCCAUCCUCAUUCUAUCUGCGGAGUCUUCCCCAUUUCAUAUCCGGUGCCGGGUUUCAAGGAGUCAAGCCUCUGAAGAGGAAAGGCUUCCAAAAAUCACAGCGGUUGUAUAACGAGGUCCUAGACAAACGCCAGAGACAUGCUCACUUGGAACAGGACCUGAAACGUCCGGAUCCCGGGCUUUCAGGGAAUUCGCAGAAAACUGAGGUGAGCCUGUGGUACAUGUUCUGCCCAGUGUGGAGCGCUAGUGUCGGGCAGCAAGAAAUCGGUCUCUUUACCAUCUAUGAGAGUGAUUCGCUUUAUGAGCGCCAUUUGGAGACAUUCUCUUCCGUCCGAAGUGCAAACGAGGCAGCUCUGAAGUCUGAAGAGGCGCCGCGUCCCGCACAACUCGAGCAAUUUUCCGAAGGCAGACUCGUCCGAUAUUUAACUAGUCUGCCUAGUUCCCUACCCGACUGGCUGGAAAGAACCAGAUAUUCCCUCCAGCAAAUGCCACGAGGACCACUCGCAGUGACCACCCACAGUUCCCUCUUCUGCUUGGCGUUGUUGUUAAGAAUCUAUGCACGCUUCCCCUGUGCGACGUUCCCUAUCAAAAUCGCGGAAAGUCGUUUCUGUGUCCUAGAGGAUAAUCGUACAAGUGUCACAUCAUAUUGGAUCUCGAGGCGAAAUGCGCUUGCGUGCGUUUGUAUGAUGGAAAUGGGAGGCAUUCAGAUUAACGCGUCUCUGUUUGAUCGGGCCUUGGCGGUAGCGGCCGGCAACUCCAUCUUCGUUGCAGAAUCGCUCCUCUCGGACCCAUCACAAACGCAAUCUGACUGUGCUAUUCGGAGGAUAGCCGGCAAUCUCGGCCGCCCUGGAGUGUCUGUUCUCGUCAGCCCAGAAACAGUGAUGGUGAAAGAGAAGACAAGAGACUUUCGAGCCGUGGAACAUGCCCCAUACGAUUACAGACGGGAAGAUAACUUUGCCGCCACCUCUUUACACCUCUCGCUGACUGAAUGGAGAGUACCCGUUGUUCUCUCCUCCAGCAAGGUCGGCAACAUCGACCAGGAUAUCUUCCAGGUCGAAGCGGUUGUGUCAGUACACGACAGAGGUCGCUGGUACGGAGAUAUCGAUGUCCUUGCAGCUCUCGAAGAAAUCGAAAAUAGCCGCGUAAGUGGCGAGUGCUUAUGUGGGUCCAGACGGGCGAACUCCAAGACUGAAUGCAUUAGUAUCGGCAAUUUUGAGGAGCUCUUGGAUCCUCCAGAUAGUGUUGGCAUAUUCCGAGCACACGAGAAUUGGUCGGCUCGGUUGGCUGCGGCCUGCAUCGCGGAGCAGACUGUUGGGGGGUCCAGAGUAUACGUACUAAACAACAACAACAACAACGUCAUGUGCUGGAACUGUCUUGAAUCCGAGAUUGAGCGUCGCCGAAGAGAAAGAGGUCAGCCAGUUAUCAAGUUGACCUGCUCAGGUGAAGAAGAAAUUCAAGUAGAAUACCCCAACUCUCAGGGAGGAGGCUUUGAUGCUGACGGCGAAACUGGAGACACCAUUAUUAUCAUCGACUAA